AUGGUGGGAAACGUGCCCGUCUCAGUGGGGCCCAAAAUAAAAUAUCUGGGCCUCACACUGGAUGGCCAAUGGUCGUUCGAGGACCACUUUGUGGAGUUGGCCCCCAGAUUGGAGCGUAGGGCGGCAGCUAUAAGCCGCCUCAUGUCCAAUCUCGGGAGCCCACAAGUGAUGGCUCGUCGCCUCUAUGCGGGGGCGGUCCGAUCGGUGGCCCUUUACGGGGCACCGGUGUGGGCGAGCGACCUGGAGGCCAGCCGUCACGCCAAGUUAGUGGUGUGCCGCUUUGAGCGGAGGGUGGCAACCAGAGUCGCUCGCCUUUACCGGACCGUCUCCUAUAGGGCGGCGACGGCUCUCGCGGGGCUGGCCCCCAUUGCCCUCCUGGCGCCCGCGUACGCAGAUGCGUACGAGCGGGCGCGGAGGGCAAAGGAUCAGGGGGUUCGCCUGACCGCGAGAGUCAAGGAGGUCCUCGGGCGACAGGCUCGGCAAAUGGCGCUGCAAGCAUGGCAGCGCCAACUCUCCGAUCCGAAUGACACAUCGGGUGGGAAUGUAGCCGAGGCCAUCCACCCAUGUCUGACGAAGUAG